UUGUUUAAAAUUGGGACCCAAAUAUUAUAACUUUACUCAUAUUUACCGGAUGUUGACGGAAAUGACCGAAAGCUGCCAUUGAACUCAGAAUAAUGUUUUUGCUGAGAGAGCUUUAUAUAUAAUUUAUCAACUGAUUCUGAUUUCUUUGACUUAUUUUUCUAUUUCAUUAAUGUUAUAUGGAUAAAAACAACAUAUAAUUAAAACCGCAGUUACACAAACUAAUUUGUGAAAAUUAGCAGCAGCACGGGGCAAGUGAUUUGAAGUCGACAAUCUUAACCACUCGACCAUGGAGGUUCCCUAAAAAGACAGUGAAUUCGCUUUUAUGAACAACAUAAUUAUAUGUUCCGCAAGCAAAAGUGAUGAAUUUAAUUUUUGAAGGGGUUACUGGUAUUUGGACAAACUGGUCUGAUUGGUCGCCUUGUAACGCCAAAUGUGGACAAGGAUUCAAAUGGAGGAUGCGAACAUGCACGAGCGUUUCGCCGAUAGAUAAUGGCUUUGGCUGUAACGGUAAUGGUACAGAAACAGUUCAGUGUCAAAAUAGAGAGUGCUCUGGAGAGGAUAUGCAGAAACUGGUGACAUCUCUAAGCCAAAAAAUUGAUAAGCUUGAACACGCACAGGGACAGAUUCAGACAGAAGUUCUCCAAAAUUUGACGAACAAAUUAAAUGAAUCAAACGUGUCGGUCGGAUUUGCUGUAGAUAACCCAGAUACAUCCUCCGGUUAUCCCCUUAAGUUCAAAGACGUAAUAUACAAUACAGGCGACAACUAUAAUGUGUCCUCAGGUGUGUUCACUUGUAGACAUCCAGGACUCUACUUCUUCACAGCAACUUUUUUCAGAAGCCCGGGUGUUUAUGAAAGCGGAUGUUCUUUUUCUAUCAACGGUAUUAACAAGUUAGUAGUAAACAGUGGUACUAAUGUCAAUGAUGGAUAUCAGUCAGGAUCAGGAUCACUUGUUUAUCAUUUAAAAGCAGGAGAUAUUGUUGUGCUAUCGGAUUGCUUUGGACAAAACCACAUGUACAAGUUUUCUUCUUUCACCGGAUUUCGUGUUUCAUAUUAAUUGACCAAUCGCAGUCAGUUAAUAACAUAAAAG